UGUCGCAAUCAUGUCAUUGUAACAUUUACUUUAUUAUUUAUUGUUUACCUUUUUAUAAAACUAAUUCUAAUGAACAUAAAACAUUAUUAAAUAAGAUAUAACUUUAAUUAUGUUAAGGUAUAUCAUUAGUCUCGGAAAUGGCAUAGUGUUGCGAAACAAAUUGACUUAAACUGACUGCAUUUUCUAAAACUUCUAGUCGGAUACGAACAAUGAGAAUAAACACAUUUGAAUUAAUAUGCGUAAAAAACAAACAAUUUUUGUAGCAUUAAUUUUAUUAAGUCUCUUAAUCUGGGUCUAUAAAAGUUCAAAUAAACAAUAUGAAAAUAUAAUUAUUGCAAUAACAGGAAACAAUCACUACAUUAGAAAUGUUGUUAUUAAACCCAAUGUAUCUUGUCACUUAAAUCGUCUAUUUGUCAUUCUUGUAACUUCUUAUGUGGGUCAUGUAGAACUUAGGAGUGCCCACCGAAGAGCUAUGUCGGCUGAACGUUUAAAAUCUAUGAAUGCCACCAGGAUAUUUCUUUUGGCAAAGAUACCAAAAAAAGAAAAAUACAUAACACAAGAAGCAAUAAAUAAUGAGAGUGACAUUUUUGGUGAUUUACUACAAGGUGACUUCACAGAAGAUUAUAGAAACCUAACACACAAACACCUCAUGGGUCUACAAUGGGCAUCAACAUUUUGUAACACUUCAUUUAUACUUAAAGUUGACGAUGAUAUUGUAUUCAACUUGAAUCAAACUUAUAACUUUAUUACUAAAAUAAAAGAUGAGAAAAAUUUAUUAAUAGGUUACAUGUUGAAUAACACAUUGCCUAGACGUAGUAAGCAGAACAAAUGGUAUGUCACACAAGAAGAAUACUCCGGAAAUAUCUAUCCACCAUAUUUAUCGGGUUGGUACUACAUCAUGUCAAGCAAUAUUGCAUCUCUUAUAACUCGAGAGGCUCCAUAUCAUUAUCAGUUUUGGAUAGAUGAUAUAUUUGUAACAGGAAUAUUGUCAGAAUUUCUAGGUAUUACAUUAAGACAUUUACCAAAAGAUUACUGGCUGGAAUAUUAUGAAUUAUUAGAAUGUUGCUUAAAAGACAUGGUAAUGAAAUCUAUACAAUGUGAACAUGUUGUUGGACCUAAUGGAGGUAGAAAUGAAUUAAUCGUAGAAUUUAAUAAUGCCUUAGAAAAAUGCAAGAGAAAAAAUUGCACGAUAAGAUCUGAACAUCAGUCUUUGAAAAAAGUCUGUAUUAAUUUUAGAGAGAGAACUAUCUUUGGUGAUGGUAAAGCUGUAAUACAAAAAGUUAAAUUAUAGCAACACAACAUUGUCACAUCAUCAUCAUCUUCAGCUCACUAUAUGU